AGGAGAUGAAGGCGCGCAGCUCCUCCCCCGGGCUUUCGGAUCGGAUGAAUUUACUCACUGAAUGUCCUCGGUGAAUCAUAAUCCUCCAAACACAACGUGAAAACACGUUAUAUUGAAAUAAUUCAUAUAAACCAUCUCGCAGGUGAUCGUGACAGGCAGACUGAAUUUGAAACGCCGCGCACUGACGGAACUUUAAUGUAGUUAAAUUCCAAUAGUAUCAUAUACCUUGAUAAGUCAAGAGUUCUGAAUGUAUGUUAGAACAUCUAGAGAAACAGAAAGACAAACUACAACACAAGUUUAAUAGGAGAAAACUGGAGAAAAAGAACUCAAGGACCUGCGCUGAUCACCUUGCCGACGAGAAGGUCUGCAGUGUGUGAGUGGGAUGUCUGCAGAUCAGCUUUGGCCUGACUAUGGUGAAACACCAACCGUUACAGGUGUAUGAAAGACAGCUGUGUUUGUCCUGUCUGACCGGGAUCUACGGCUGCCGCUGGAAACGGUACCAGCGCUCCCAUGACGACAGCUCCAAGUGGGAAUGUUCAUGGUUCUUCCUCCUCUGCUGUUCCUUUCUUCUUCUCCUCGUCUGGUCCUACUUCUGGUUGGAGGCUCGUAAUGACUACAACGAGUUCAACUGGUUGUUAUAUAAUCGUUCGGCCGUUUGGAAGGAUGGCACAGUCCCCAUUCUCGCCACAACACUCACAGGAUUCACUUACACUGCAUUUUUAAUGAUUCUUGCACUUUGUCACAUUGCACUGGGACAGCAGCUUAAUUUGUACUGGAUCCAUAAGAUUGUAGUUCUGGCCAUUCUGCUCACAACCAUAACAGGAGUGGUGUCCAUUGAUAAUUUCUGGCAGGACGAAUGGGACAUUGUCAUCAUUUCUCUGCAGUUCACAGGGCCGUUCCUACACAUCGGAGCUUUAGCUGCGGUCACAGCAUUAGGGUGGGUCAUCGCCGGUCAGGUGGUGCGCGUGGAAAGAUCAAGACUCCAAGUUGUGAUGCUGGUGAUUUAUGUGAGCGUUCUCCUGGUUCUGUAUCUGGUUCCCCUCUUCAUCUCUUCUCCCUGCAUCAUGGACCUAUCCAAGCUCGGUCCUCGUCCUGCUGUCAUUGGCCGUCGUGGAGCUCCAAUGCUCGCUCCAGAACACACCAUUAUGUCCUUCAGUAAAGCACUGCAACAGAAGGUCACUGCCCUGGAAGCAGAUGUUACCAUCAGUCUGGAUGGAGUGCCCUUUUUGAUGAGGGACCGCACACUACGCAGGACCACCAAUGUGGACAAACUGUUUCCAGCCCGUCAGGACCACGACGCCUCGUUCUUUAACUGGACAGAGAUUCGCAGUCUCAAUGCUGGACUUUGGUUCCUCAGGGAUGACCCAUACUGGACAGUACAGUACAUGUCUGAAAAAGAUCGCAACCGUACGGCCAAUCAGACGGUGUGUAGCCUUGCGGAGCUGCUGCGUCUUGCUGCUAGAACAAACCGCUCCGUGAUCUUCAGCCUGCGGCGACCUCCACCUCAACACCCCAGACACCAGCUCUGGGUCAGUGAUGCACUGAAGGUCAUUCAGAGAUCCAGCAUCCUACCAGAACAGGUGAUGUGGACGCCCGACUGGUACAGGAAGAAGGUGCGUGCAGCGGUUCCUCUCCUUCAGCAGACAUCAGAUGAGAAACUUCCUGUGGCUGAGCUGAAAGAAAGAGGGAUCAGUACUCUGACCCUGCACUACAGCCAGGCCAGAGCUCAGGAUAUCAGGCAGUUCUCUGGCAGUAAUGUGAGUGUAAACGUGUAUCCGGUGAACGAGCCGUGGCUCUAUUCACUCAUGUGGUGCAGCGGGGUUCAGUCCGUCUCUUCUGAUGCCCCACACAUCCUGAAGAAAGUGCCUAAUCCUGUCUGGAUCAUGAGUGCAGAUGAAUAUGGCCUGAUAUGGAUCACUUCAGAUUUAAUCUCUGUGGCGAUUGUCAUUGGCAUCUUCAUAUUUCAGAAGUGGAAGAUGAGUGGCAUGCGCAGCUACAACCCAGAGCAGGUCAUGCUCAGCGCUGUAGUACGUCGGCCGAGUCGUGACGUCAACCUCAUGAAGGAGAAACUGAUCUUCUCAGAGAUCAACAACGGUGUUGGGAGCACAGAUGAGUUCUCCGUGUUCACAGGAAACGGACUGGACACGUACUCCUGCGAUGACAUCAUGACACCCGCACGUCAAGCUACGAAACUUUAAUGAAGCCCUCAAUGA